AUGGUUAAUAUUUUUGAAGCUUUGAGAUACUCGGAGGAAAGACAAGUAAUCUUCGCAGUGUUCCAAUUUGAGGGAGUGACUCAAUCUUGGUGGAACAUUAUUCGACCUAAAUGGGAGAGGGAGAGAGUGCGUUGGACUUGGAUGAAUUUUACUAGAGAGUUUAAUGAAAAAUUUGUAACCCAAAUAAUCCAGCAAAGGAGGGAAAAUGAGUUUAUAAGGCUUCAACAGGGAAUGAUGAGUGUUGCUGAUUAUGAGCCUCAGUUCACUAAGUUGUCGAAAUUCGCUCCUGAACUGGUUGUCAUAGAGCAAAAGAGGAAGAGACGAUUUAUACAAAGGUUGAACUUGGAGAUACAAGAAGCCUUAGCUGUUGCGCAGAUAAACACUUUUGGGGAGGCUCUUAAGAGAGCUCAAAGGGUAGACAGUGCCAAGUCUUAA